CGCGACCACCGAGAGAGAGAGAGAGAGAGAACCCCAAUCCUUUUUAAAAUUCAAUCGCAUCGCCCACAGUUUCUCACACCACUACGAACCUAAAGAGUCAUCAGAAACCAGAGAUAGAGAGAGAGAGAGAUGCAAUCGCUGCAGGAGAAGGCAUCGGUGUUGAGCGGCGUCGAUCAGGCUGAGGCUUUCGCCAUCGACGAAUCCAAUCUGUUCGAAAAGCUCGGUCUUCAAACCUUCAUCAAUCUCUCCACCAAUUUCUACACCAGGGUAUACGAUGACGAAGAAGAAUGGUUUCGAUCAAUAUUUUCUGACUCAAACAAAGAUGAUGCCAUCCAGAACCAGUAUGAGUUCUUCGUCCAGCGUAUGGGAGGCCCUCCUUUGUACUCUCAAAGGAAAGGUCAUCCUGCUUUGAUCGGACGUCACCGUCCAUUUCCAGUGACCCAUCAAGCUGCAGAGAGAUGGCUACAACACAUGCAAAACGCUCUGGACGAUUCGCCUGACAUUGACCAGGACUCAAAAAUCAAAAUGAUGAAGUUCUUCAGGCACACUGCGUUCUUCCUUGUGGCUGGAAACGAUCUGAAGAAUCAGGAUGAGAAACCGAAGCAUAAGCACCAAUGUGCGUGUAAACACGCCGCGGCAAAACCAGCAGAAGAAUAAUUAACAGCAGAUUCUUGUUUUACAGUACGUUUUAUUCAAUAGCACAGAAGAGAUUCAACAAAAUAUUGGUAUCUCCUGGAAAGCUAUGUAAGAGAAUAGAACUGGUUUUGGCUCUCUCUUUGCAAAUUUGCAAUGGCACUUCUUCAUUAGAUGAUCUAUAAUAAAAGGGGAUUUUGAAGUCAA